GGAGAGGAAAGUUUUUAGCAAACAACAAAACAAGUCUUUCAAGUAGCUCGCUGUUUGUAGAAAAUUUGAUUUAGGUUUAGCCAUUGGUUUUCGUUCUACAUGGGACUGUGAAAUUCGUAGAGUUUAUCUGCUACAUAACUCACCGUUGACAGAUAGCUAGCUAGCCUAAUAACAUAGAUGGUAAAAACACAGAACUAGAUACAGCAGAGAUGGUAUCAAUCAACCCAGUGGACUCUGAUCCGGUACUCGGGAUCAACGUUGUGGUGAAGGAUGAAGACGGAGAGGUAGUGGAUUAUUUAGCUGAACCAAGGCUGUCCUGGUGUGUGAAAGAGGAACAAGAAGAGGUACCGUGUCACCUAGAAGAACACGGUGGCUGUAUAGACCAGGCUAUAGAUCCUUCAGAAUCACUCCAGAAGAAUCAGCGGAGUCACACCACUGAAACCAACUACCCUUGCUUAGCCUGUGGGAAGUAUUUCUACAACUCAUCAACCCUGCGGAGACACAUGCGUACUCACACAGGUGAGAGGCCGUAUCACUGCUCUGAGUGUGGGCGGAGCUUCAGUCACUCUGGCAACCUGAGGAGUCAUCAGGUGAUCCACACAGGAGAGAGACCGUACCACUGUCUGGUCUGUGGCAAGAGCUUCAGUCAGCCAGGAGGCCUGGCCAAGCACCAGAGAACACACACAGGAGAGAAGCCAUUCCACUGCACUUUCACAGAGUGCGGCAAGAGUUUCUCCAAGUUAGAACACCUACAGAUACACCACAGGACUCACACAGGAGAGAAGCCUUACCCCUGCUCUGCCUCUGACUGUGGAAGGAGAUUCUCCAACUCAGGCCAGCUGAUCCAACACAUGCGUACUCAUACAGGAGAGAGGCCGUACCACUGCUCAGAGUGUCUGAAGACCUUCUCCCACCCAGGAGCUCUAAAGGACCACCAGAGGAUUCACUCAGGAGAGAGACCCUACGUCUGUGCUGUCUCGGCCUGCGGUAAGAUGUUUAUAAACUCUGGGGCUCUGAAAAAGCACAGCCAGACCCACACAGGGGAAAAACCUCACUGCUGCUCUGACUGUGGGAGAGGCUUCUCCCAGCUGGCUCACCUCCAGGCUCAUCAGAGGACUCACACAGGGGAAAGACCCUAUCAUUGCUCCCUCUGUUGGAAGAGCUUUAUCCAACAAGGGCAUCUGGACAGGCAUAGACGCAUCCACCUAGCAGCGGACACACCUGGAGAUCAGUUAUCCCCUAGCAUCAGUCCAGAUCAGCACAUCAGACCGAUAGAUGAUUCACCUGAGGUCUUUGAUGAAGAGACUCUACCAGAACAACAUGUACAUCCUGAAUUAAUGAGUGACCUUGAAUGACUGGUUUGAUUGCAUAAUUCCAGACUGUGUCAAUUUUUACACUGUUUUUGCUUGUAUCUCACUGCUGCAUAAAACCAUUGGUGUUAUUAUUCUGUCAAAUAUCCUGCAAUACAUUAUGUGGAUGGAUGGAUUGGAUGAUUGAAUGGAUGGAUUGGAAUGGAUGGAUGGAUGGAUGGAUGGAUGGAUGGAUUGGAAUGGAUAGAUGGAAGAAUGGAUACUUCAGCUAAACACAACAUUUACACACUUUAGUGUUUUCCCUCUCAGUGAAUGUUGAACGUUUCAUCACAGUCUAGUUGAUAACAGCACGACUGGAUGUGUUGAACAUGUACAUGCUCUCAUGAAACAUGAGUCAAAUCAGUUGUUCUACUCUCAACCUUUGUUUAAAACAUGGAUUUAAAAUGAGAUAAUAUAAUACAUUGAGUUAAAUAGUAUUUCAAUUACUAUUAUGAGUGAAAAUUAUGAGGGAAAGAUGUGAUGCAAGAGGCCUCUAAUAAGGAUGUGAUGCAAGAGGCUUCUAAUAAUGAUGUGAUGCAAGAGGCUUCUAAUAAGGAUGUGAUGCAAGAGGCCUCUAAUAAGGAUGUGAUGCAAGAGGCUUCUAAUAAGGAUGUGAUGCAAGAGGCCUCUAAUAAGGAUGUGAUGCAAGAGGCUUCUAAUAAUGAUGUGAUGCAAGAGGCUUCUAAUAAGGAUGUGAUGCAAGAGGCUUCUAAUAAUGAUGUGAUGCAAGAGGCUUCUAAUAAGGAUGUGAUGCAAGAGGCUUCUAAUAAGGAUGUGAUGCAAGAGGCUUCUAAUAAGGAUGUGAUGCAAGAGGCUUCUAAUAAGGAUGUGAUGCAAGAGGCUUCUAAUAAGGAUGUGAUGCAAGAGGCUUCUAAUGAUGAUAUGAUGCAAGAGGCUUCUAAUAAGGAUGUGAUGCAAGAGGCUUCUAAUAAGGAUGUGAUGCAAGAGGCUUCUAAUAUGGAUGUGAUGCAAGAGGCUUCUAAUAAUGAUGUGAUGCAAGAGGCUUCUAAUAAUGAUGUGAUGCAAGAGGCUUCUAAUAAUUAUGUGAUGCAAGAGGCUUCUAAUAAGGAUUUGAUGCAAGAGGCUUCUAAUAAGGAUGUGAUGCAAGAGGCAUCUAAUAUGGAUGUGAUGCAAGAGGCUUCUAAUAAUGAUGUGAUGCAAGAGGCUUCUAAUAAUGAUGUACAGUAAAAUGAUGUAAAAAUACUUUUUUGACAUUUUUACAAGUGUAUUAAAAAUUACAAAUGGAAAUAUUACAUCAACAUAAG